AUGGGUCACCCCUACUACGAUGAUCCGACCGAGAUGUGGCUCUGGUCGGCUGCAAAGCCUAUUCAAUUUGUCCGGGUGUCGCCUGGUCCAUUUCCAGAGCGGUUUAGCACAAUAACACUUACUGGCCCGGCCGUUGGAGUGGGCCGCAUGGCUGUAACGGGACGCGCCUCCGGUCACACCGGCUAUGUUGGAUACAUGAAACGGUUUAACUUCACAGCAAAUCUCGACGCGAUCGACGAUAGUACGGCUGACAUCGGCAUCACCGACGAUGAGGACGAUAAUGGCCGACUAGCGUUGCACAACUAUUGGGCGCUGCUUGCAAUUAUACUAGUGUUUGGCACGGCCGCCGGCAACAUACUCGUCUGCUUGGCCAUCGUCUGGGAGCGGCGGUUGCAGAACGUCACCAACUACUUUCUGAUGUCCCUAGCGAUUACGGAUCUGAUGGUCGCCCUAUCUGUGAUGCCGCUCGGCAUUCUGACGCUGGUGAAAGGUCACUUCCCACUAGAUUCCAAAUACUGCCUGGUGUGGAUCUGCCUGGACGUCCUGUUUUGCACCGCCAGCAUUAUGCACCUUUGCACCAUCUCCGUCGAUCGGUAUCUUUCGCUGCGUUAUCCCAUGAAGUUCGGUCGAAACAAAACGCGGCGGCGUGUUGUACUGAAAAUCAGCUUUGUUUGGAUAUUAUCGAUAGCGAUGAGUCUACCUCUAAGUCUGAUGUACUCGAAGAACCACGCCUCGGUGUUGGUGAACGGAACGUGCCAAAUACCGGACCCGGUGUACAAGCUAGUUGGGUCGAUCGUGUGUUUCUACAUUCCACUUUGCGUGAUGCUGAUAACCUACACGCUGACUGUGCGGCUGUUAGCGCAGCAGAGCGAAAACCUUGGAGGAGUUGGGAAUGGUGGCGGAUGGUCUAGCGGAUGGCUUGGGCAGGCACCGGGCUUCGAUCGGCGAAACACCUGGAAGCGCAUCAUUAAGCUGAGUUUGCCUUCAGCCCAGAGUCAGCAUGCGCAUUCGGCGGCGUCCACCGAUACGGAGCUUUCCACGUUGGAUAACCAUGACCUUUGGUUGUUAGAGUCAAGCAUUCCAGAGCCGAGCUCGAUUACAAUGACAGCUAUGCAGAGGUUUGGAGAAGAGAUGCUUAAACUAUCUCAAGGGCUGGAAUCUGUGGCUCAACAUGGCGAAAAAUGUGUACCAACUAGCGAAACCACACAAUCACCGAAAGUGAAACACGAAAAAGAACUGAUUCGAAAGAAAGCUGUUUCGAAAAGCACGCUCGGGGGCGUUGCUACGACAGCGGUAAUGCGGUCACCGGUACCGGUGAAGAAGCGACGCAGUUCCACCUCGACGUGGAUCAACCGACGAAACUCCGGAACGCCACCACCCGUACGGUUGGUUCGGAAGCGAUUCAAGAGCCUGCCCCAUGCAAUUCCACCACCAGACGCAGACGACAUCGAGGUAGACGAGCAGUUCAUGCAGCACGUACUUUCGGAGCUGCGCGAUAGGGACGAAAAACCGGCCAUCGAACAGAUGCCGUCCAGACAUCCUUCGGCGCCUAAUGGUGCUAGCGAUCACGAGGACGCUUGCCGCCGGAUCGACGAGAUCUGCGCCAAAGGCGGGCUGGAGGUUGCUGCUCAUUCACCGGGCCAGAGCUUGGCAGGACAACCGCUCAAAUUGCCGCCACCGUGCAAGUGUCCGUUUUUCGGCGAAGGAGCCUCCAGCAAGCAGCAGUAUUUGCGACCCGCCGAGAUUAAGAUUGUGAAGACGAGUCCCGAUUUCAGCGCGAUGGCACCCGCCGGAGAUAGUCUCGUGUACAGCACGAUCUCCAUAACGUCCAGCUCGAACGUGACCUCGCAACCGACGCGGUCCAUCUCGAGCAGUCUGUCGACGCUGCCGGCGUCGGCGUUGGCAUCACCAAGCCGGAAGUGCAGCGCCCCAAAGGGCAUCUCGGUUGUGACCUGGGACCAACGUCGCCACCAGCGACGGGGUUCGAGCUUCGGCGGUGCACGCACCUCCCUGCUGUUGACUCCAACCAAAGCGAGCCCUUCGAGUGUGUCCCUGCGCCGAUCGAUCAAUCUGCGCCAUUCGACCCUCGAAGGAGGCUCCUGCGCGGCGACCGGCAGUGGCGAGACCGUGUUCCGAGGUGUGCCAAAAAAGAACAGCUCCUCUCCGUGCCUGAUGCAACACCAGACGGGUGGGACGGCGGCCAUGCUGGCGGUGGCCGCGGCUUCCACGACGGCUCCCGCGGCCGUCAGCUCGACACUAACCGUGCGUUCGCACCACUCGCGCAACUCCAGCAUGAUUUCGCGCAACUCAUCGCGCCACGGACGCAUCAUUCGACUCGAGCAAAAGGCCACCAAAGUGCUCGGUGUGGUGUUUUUCACCUUCGUUAUCCUGUGGGCGCCAUUUUUCGUGCUCAAUCUGCUGCCGAGCGUGUGUGCGCACUGCGAGGACAACAUCGAUCAGUGGGUGUUCGAGUUUGUCACCUGGCUCGGCUACGCCAGCAGCCUGGUCAAUCCGAUUUUCUACACCAUCUUCAACAAAGCCUUCCGGGACGCGUUCCGGAAGGUGUUGCUCUGCCGUUACGGACUCGGUGCACGCCAUUGGCAACCGAACAGCUAAUACGCAGCCUCCAUCGGUCGGCUGGACCGCAGCGAGCCUCUCUAGACACACACGGCAGGUGAAGGUGGAGACCCCGGAUAUUCCAUGCCCUCAAAUUCCUUCCAUCAACACUUGCAACACUCAAUCAAGCAUGCAGAUGUGCUUCACAAUCCUGUACACACACACACACGGUUUCGCAAGGAUAACAGCAGGAGAACACUUUUUGUAGGUGCUAGUUUUGAUACUUAUAGCACGACGAGAUUGGUGUAUAGUUACUGGUGUUUGUAGUGUUACAUAGCAAUAAAUGUUUUAUAUCCUCU